GCUUCUCCGCGGGGCGACAAGCGGUGCGGAGGGGCGCGUGUGGCCCAGGGGCUCGGAUUCUUGGCCUGGAGGAGCUAACGUGACACAGCGAGGCUCGGCGCAUCCUAGUCGCCUGUUGGGGAAGCGGCACGGCUCGCUCGGGCUAAUCGGUGGCGUUGACUGCCCUCCGCUGGCCUGCGGAUGGUUGGGUCCGGCUGGGUCACGCGCUAGGCUCGGUGCAAGGGCCUGCGGAACGGGCUAGCACUUGGCGAGGGGCUGAGCGGUGGCGACAGCUUCAGGACAGUUGCGAGCGGGUUCCAGCUCAGCAUCCGGGAGACGGCGGCGAGCGCCCCAACUGGACAACCUCAAGUCUUUGAAUUUGAGUGCAGUUCGAAUACCUGACUCGUCCGGCCGGCCUUGUACAUGUUCUGGUGUAGGCAGGAUGGUGCAGCUGUGAUCUGUUAACUGGAAGGCCUUGGCCAUUCUCCAGCACCAUGAACGCCAUUGUCGCUCUCUGCCACUUCUGUGAGCUCCAUGGCCCCCGCACGCUCUUCUGCACUGAAGUUCUACACGCUCCCCUGCCCCAGGGUGCUGGAAGUGGGGACAGUCCUGGCCAGGUUGAGCAGGCUGAGGAAGAAGAGGGUGGCAUCCAGAUGAGCAGCCGGGUUCGUGCCCACAGCCCAGCCGAGGGUGCCAGCACUGAGUCCAGCAGCCCUGGGCCCAAGAAAUCGGACAUGUGUGAGGGCUGCCGAUCACUUGCUGUAGGGCACCCAGGCUAUAUCAGUCACGAUAAAGAGACCUCUAUUAAGUACGUCAGUCACCAGCACCCCAACCACCCACAGCUCUUCAGUAUUGUCCGCCAGGCCUGUGUCCGGAGCCUGAGCUGUGAGGUAUGCCCUGGUCGUGAAGGCCCCAUCUUCUUUGGUGAUGAGCAACAUGGCUUUGUGUUCAGCCACACCUUCUUCAUCAAAGACAGCCUGGCCAGAGGCUUCCAGCGCUGGUACAGCAUCAUUGCCAUCAUGAUGGACCGAAUCUACCUCAUCAACUCGUGGCCCUUCCUGCUGGGGAAGAUCCGCGGGAUCAUCAGUGAGCUCCAGGGCAAGGCCCUCAAGGUGUUUGAGGCAGAGCAAUUUGGAUGUCCACAGCGUGCCCAAAGGAUGAACACUGCCUUCACGCCCUUCCUGCACCAGAGGAAUGGCAACGCUGCCCGCUCCCUUACCUCUUUGACCAGUGAUGACAACCUGUGGGCAUGUCUACACACUUCCUUUGCCUGGCUCCUGAAGGCAUGUGGUAGCAGGCUGACAGAAAAGCUCUUAGAGGGUGCACCCACAGAGGACACCCUGGUGCAGAUGGAGAAGCUUGCUGACUUAGAGGAAGAAUCAGAAAGUUGGGACAAUUCAGAGGCUGAAGAGGAGGAAAAAGCCCCUGUUAUGCCAGAGGGUGCUGAGGGGCGGGAACUGACGAGUUGCCCAGCAGACUCAUCCUUUCUCUCAGCCUGUGGGAGCUGGCAGCCCCCAAAGCUUUCCGUCUUCAAGUCCCUUCGACAUAUGCGACAGGUCUUGGGAGCACCAUCGUUCCGUAUGUUGGCCUGGCACGUCCUCAUGGGAAAUCAGGUGAUCUGGAAAAGCAGAGAUGUGAAUCUGGUCCAUUCCGCAUUUGAAGUCCUCCGGACCAUGCUGCCUGUAGGCUGUGUCCGAAUCAUCCCUUACAGCAGCCAGUAUGAGGAGGCUUAUCGCUGCAACUUCCUAGGGCUCAGCCCUCCCGUGCCUAUUCCUGCUCAUGUUCUGGCCUCGGAGUUCGUAGUUGUUGUGGAGGUACACACAGCCACUCGCUCAAACCUCCACCUUUCUGGAUGUGAGGACGACCAGUCCCUCAGCAAGUAUGAGUUUGUGGUGACCAGUGGUAGCCCUGUGGCUGCAGACAGAGUUGGGCCCACUAUCCUGAAUAAGAUUGAAGCAGCUCUGACCAACCAGAACCUGUCUGUGGAUGUGGUGGAUCAGUGCCUCAUCUGUCUCAAGGAGGAGUGGAUGAACAAAGUGAAAGUCCUGUUUAAAUUCACUAAGGUGGACAGUCGCCCCAAGGAGGACACACAGAAGCUUCUGAGCGUCUUGGGCGCAUCAGAGGAGGACAACGUUAAGCUUCUGAAGUUCUGGAUGACGGGUCUGAGCAAAACCUACAAAUCCCAUCUCAUGUCCACAGUCCGAAGCCCCACAGCAGCAGAGGCUCGGAACUGACUCCGAGAACACCUGCUCUGUGGGAAAGGCUGCCCUUGGGUUUCUGACUGCUGGGGUGAGUCCCUAUUUGAGGAGUGAAGACUUAUGGGCUAGGCUUUGCCCUCCUUCUGAGGCUCUCUCAACCCAUGUUGAAAUGUGGGGGACACAGAGACAGUGGUCCCCCUGCAUCAAACUGUCCUGUCAGGAACUGGUGAGAUGUGCUCUGUGCCUUUUGAGGACAAAGGCUGGGAACUGAGAGGGUCGAUCAGCCUGCCUCUGAGGCUUUGUUGUUGCAGGGUGUCCUCGUGGGGGUUAGGACAACACCUUCCCACCAUGGAAGACAGCAAGCAUCCUGGAUCGUUUGUCUUUGGUUGAUGACUUCUCAGGUCAUGUGCACACCCGUGGCCUCUGUUCAGCUUGCCAGCUUGUGGAUACAUCAAAACCAUGGCUGUUUUGUUUGUUUUUGUUUUUUUAAUUUUAGUUUUUGAGUCAGGGUCUUAUUCUGUAUCUUAUCCCAGUUUAGAACUCACAGUGUGGCCUAUGCUACUUCCAGACUUGUAGCAAUCCUCCUGCUUCAGCUUCCCAAGUGCUGGGAUUACAGAACUGAACCAUCAGAACAUUACAUUGUGUUCUUCUCUGUUGCUGGUGUAGCGUUAGCCAGCGACUACAGACUGUGACGGUGUUAAGACAGACCACCUCUCAUCAUUGCAGUUUAAUAAGGAUGCAGCUUGGAAAGAUUUCCUGAAAGCUUUCCCAAUUUGUUUUUAUAAUAUUUUUGGUGUUUGUUUAUAUUUAACAUGAAGACUAUGUGUCUUGGUCUCUGUACAGUUGCAAGAAUGUUGAAACACAAUAAAUCUGUAUUUUUGUAAA